CAGCUGUAAAGUUUUGUCUAUAGAUAGAGUAUUAAACAAUACUAGCUAGGAUCUGCAGAAGAUAUCAUUGUUUAGAAUGUCUCUCGAUAGUGUUGGAUCCGAGGAUUAAUUGAGGAAGAGAUAUACGUAAAUAAAUUGAAAAGCGGAUAAUGAUAUAAGGACGAUACCAUUAAGAUAACAAAACGUUCACUGAUCGGACAUUAAAUUUAUUUAAUGUCAAAACAUUAUUAUAUGAGCCUAAAAUUACUAUAUAAAUGAAACAAGAUACUGAAGUAGGCAAAUAUGGUCUAAAACGUCAGAAAAGACGAACUUCGUGAAACUGUUUUUACGUCCACAUUUUUCGCAUAUUCGAGAUAUUUAAUGUGUGCGUUAGACUUGUGUUUAGCAAAUAAGAAAAGUAACAGCUGAAUAUAACCAUUGAGAUAUUCACAUAUUGGAAUACAAAUAAUUGUAAUAAAUAGAGAGUAAACAUAUUGUCAUAUUUUCACAGAGGUAAGGAGUUUGCUUUCAGUUUUAAUUGGAAAUGCAAAAUUUAACAACAAAAUAGGGAUCUUUUCUGUGUGGAUUACGCAGUUUUGUUUUUAUUGCACAUUUAAUUGAUAUAUUUAUAUAUUCAAUUUUGAUGGUUAUAUCUGGAGAAUUAAGUUGACGAUAUUGCAGAAAUUAGUUUAUGGUUAUAACAAUACAAACAAAAAAACAAGUCGAGCUGAAAAUAUAACUUUCCGUAAAUUAUUUCAGUGUGACAAAACGACCCGACAACUUGUGCUGGAUAAACCUUCACGCAGAAAACAAUGGCAAAUAGUUCCGGAAAUGAAACAUUUAACAGCAGUUAUAUUUUCUCUGAUUAUAUUCAAAAUUCUAGACCACAGGGCAGUGAGGCUCAGGAAAAGUAUAUCCUACCACUGUUCCUGUUAGUUGGAACAUUUUCUAAUGUAAGUACAUUGGUUAUAUUUUGCAGGGGAAAGCAAACAAGAAUAUCAGUUAGUAUAUACGUAAGUGCUUAUUGCAUCGGAAACCUCACAACUUUAUUUUUUCUGUAUGGCAUGCAUCUUUUAACAACUGUUAGUGCUUUCCCUGAAUUGUCAAACUUAAAUAGCUCUGUUUGCUCAAUACUAGCUUUUAUACACAAAAUGGUUCAGUAUAGCUCAGUUUGGUUUGUAGUUGGAAUGACAAUAGACAGAUACAUAGCGGUGUGUCAUCCGUCAAGUGCUUUAACAAUGUGUACUGUCUUCAUGGCGAAAGUUGCAGUGGGUAUUAUUUUAAUCGGUUUAGUUGUGACAAGUGUACACGCUAUGUGGGUUUAUGACAUAAAUCACAAGACUGGUAUAUGUGACAUGUUUACACCAGAAAACAACCUUCAAAUCGUCCAUCUUAAAAUUUGGAAUAUUCUGUCAGCAGCAGCAUAUGUAUACUUGCCUCUCAUCAUCUUACUAAUUCUAAACACGCUACUAACAUGCGGUUUGUGCUUUCAACAUAGUUCGUCAUCAACAUCUACACAGGAUAACGGUUCGACAGAAUAUACCAAUGCUGUCGUAGCAAUAUCAAUGCUGUAUUUUGCUUUAGUUUUACCAGUUACACUGCACAAUAUUGUGAUGAUAUCGUCAGGAUUACAAAUGACGGCUGACAUGUACAAUACAUUGGUGAUAUUUGAUCAUAUGCAACGCAUAAACUUAGUUAAUGUAUUUUUUGUAUGUGUGUUAUUCUCACGUUCGUUUCGGCAAGAACUCCAUAAUAUAUAUAGACUAAUUAGGGAGAAACGAAAGCAAUCGGUGGAAAUGAAUAGAUUAUCAAAUAAAGCCUUGAUUACCAAUGAAACUACAACAACUACUGUGAAUGAAGAGGACACUUUAAUAUAAAAACAAAAACGGUGAAUCUAUUUACUCUUACAGGACACACGAGUUAUAUUUUUUUGGACAAAGAAAACAGGAAUAUUAAUCAUAGAACAGGAAAACAAUUCACGACUGAAACCAGUAAGAAAUAUAUAUUUAUCAAAUGCGGGAAUGUAUGCCUUUCAAUAAAAUGAUAAAACUGGUCUUUUGUCAUUGAAUACCGCAGAUAA